AUGGCGCCCACUCCGCUGCGCGUGUUGAUGACGAUUUACUUCUACUUCGUCGUCUCCGUCUUCUUCCUCUGCGCCUUCCUCACGCAAAUCGCCGCGUGCGUUUGCCUUCUGCCCCUGAUGCUGACUGUGAAGGGCUUCCCGCGUCGUGCCCUGAGCUCCAUCUUCCAAAUUUACAUGGAACUGGCCUUCAUUUUCUUGCCCUUCUGGCGCCUCAAGAUGCUGAACCAGCCCCCGCGGAACUACCGCCCGCGCCGAACUAUCAUCAUGUGCAAUCACGCGAGUGGAGCGGAUCCGUGGGUGGUGACUUCGGUCAUCUUUCCGUGGUCGACAGUCUUCGUGAUCAAGGAGUCGCUGUGCUACGUGCCCAUCGCCGGCUGGAGCCUCUGGCUGGCGCAGUACGUCCGCGUGAAGUUUACCAAGGAGAAGGGUGGCUGGGGCACUGCGCCUGGCGCCGUCAAGGAGUGCAUGCAGCAAUCAGCUGACGCGCUUGACCAAGGCAGCUCGUUGAUGGUCUUCCCUGAAGGCACGCGGAGCGUCACGGGUCGUCUGCAGCCGUUCAAAGAUGGAUUUUUUCGCUUCGCCCUCGAGCACCCCGACGUCGAAAUUCUCCCCAUCGCGGUCCACGGCACCCACAAACUUUGGCCUGUGACGAGCAAGCUGGUGGACAGCGGCACGGUCUACGCCAAGUAUGGUCAGCCGAUCCGCGCUGAGGGCAUGACGCUGGAGACCCUGAAGGAGAAGGUUCACGAGGAGAUCUUCGAGGGCCUGCGCUCCAGCCCCGAAUUCGAUGAGCAGAACGAGCAGCCGCUGACGCGCCUGGCGUCGCACAGGGGACACGGCCUCUGA